AUGAAUCUAUCUUGUUCACUUCUUGUCAAUUUGUUCCAUCUACUUUUUCAUUUAUCUAAUUGUCAUGUCAUAGAUCUGAAACAAUUUUACCUGUUAAAAAGAAUCUAUGAAAUUAAAAAAUCAUUGAUGAAUUACGAUCGACUAAUAACUAAUGAAAAGAGUCAAUUUCAAGAGAAGUUACAUGAAAUGAACAACAGAGCUUUUAAUGAAAAGGCAUCGACUGAAGAGUAUUUCAAUUGUAUAACUAGAGUAAUUAAAUCACAGAUUAUCGAUGACACAAAUACAAGAGAGCUGAUAGAAAAAGGUACGGAAAAUUGUCGAAAACCUAAUGCAAUUAAUGAAGAAGAGAUAAACAAACAAACUCGCCUACUAUCUUCGUUGUUUUACAAUGUCUAUAAUUUGAAUGUCAAUUUAUUUGAACAUCAGUUGCUGUUGGAUAUUUACAACAAAAUGAACAGUUAG